AUGAGUGUACACACAUUAGUGGAUCCAAAAUGCGCUGAGUCCAACCUUCGUAUCUUGCGGUACAUGUUCAGGAUUAAUGUCGCUGUUAUUGCAACAACAUUUAUCUGCUUACUCAAAUUCCAGCCCGAUAAGCUAAAGCCCUUCCUCUGGUCAAGUGGAGCUGCAAUCUUCUGCUAUGGUACACUCGAUAACAUGGGAAACCCAGGCUUUGUGACGGACGCGCAGGGGACCACUAGAUUGAUCAGAUCUGGAAAAGAUCUUCGAAUCAGCAAGACCCCAGCUUUGGGACCUUAUUACUUGACUAUUUAUUUGUCAUGGUUCAUUGAGACAGUUUUGGCUACUUUAGGAACAGUCAACGUUUGCUGGCUUUUCCUUAUUCCAACUGCAUAUUUAUUUGCUAGAAUUUACAUGUUUUACAGCGCUGAGCCAAAGCCUUCUGACAUUCCCAGCCACAAACUGUACUCCCAACAGCUCCAAGACGGACACGGGGCUCGCACCAGGGCAAUUAUCCGCUAG